AUGGAGGCGGCAGCGGUUGUGGGUUUGGGCGCGGGCACGGGUGCGGGCCUGACCAGGUGGCAGGCGGCGGCGCUGGCGGCAGUGGCCGGGUGGGUGUGGGCGGCCUCCUUCUACGACCUCACGCGCCGGACGCGCGCGCUCGUCCAGCCGUGGGUCACGCGCCGGGUGCACGCCGAGACGGCGGCCAUCCUCAAGUUCCAGAGGUUGUUGGAGCACAAGUUGUUGGACAAUUUCUUCUCUGUGCUGUCAUGCGUUGUCUCCGUGCCCUUCUACACGGGAUUCCUCCCUCUUCUCUUCUGGAGUGGACACGGCAGGCUAGCUAGGCAGAUGACCCUCCUCAUGGCUUUCUGCGAUUACCUCGGCAACUCUGUCAAGGAUAUGGUGUCAGCCCCUCGGCCAUGCUCUCCUCCUGUUAGAAGAGUGGCAACUACAGAAGAUGAGAAGGAAAAUGCCAUGGAAUAUGGGCUGCCAUCAUCGCAUGCUCUCAACACUGUUUGUUUGAUGGGAUAUCUAUUACAUUAUGUCCUCACAUAUGGAGAACAUGGCAGUGUCAUAGUUGCUGCGGGUUUAUCUCUAGCUUUCUUACUUGUUAUGCUAGUUGGCAUUGCAAGGAUAUAUUUGGGUAUGCACAGCUUGACCGAUGUUGUUGCUGGAAUUGGUUUUGGUAUUGUCAUCCUUGCAUUCUGGUUGGCUGUCGAUGACCAUGUUGAUGCCUUCAUUGUCUCUGGGAAAAAUGUUGCAACCUUCUGGGCAGGCCUUUCUCUAUUGAUGUGCUUUGCAUAUCCGAAGCCAGAAUUCCCUACUCCUAGCUUUGAUUACCACACAGCAUUCAACGGAGUCGCUUUUGGAAUUGUAUACGGUAUCCAACAAACCUACUUCCACUUCCACACCCCUGACGCCCCCCUCAUCUUCAGCGCCCAGCUGCCCCUUCUCACAUUUGCCGGGCGCGUCCUCGUCGGGAUCCCAACCAUCCUGGUCGUGAAAUUCUGCAGCAAAGCGCUCUCCAAGUGGCUGCUGCCCGUCAUGUGCAGCACCCUGGGCAUCCCCAUCGUGUCGUCUUGCUAUGUCCCUGCCCUGAAAGUCGAUGACAGCAGCAGCAGCAAGAACAGGCAGGCCGCCGGGUACCUCCAGCGGCUGUUCUCCCGCUUCCCGCAGAAGGCGUACGACGUGGACACGGGCAUCAGCUGUUCUCAGCAGGGGUGUGUUGUUUCUGUAGAGGUGUCCAAAAUACGUUGUCAUAAUGGUGUUCGGCAUGAGAAAAUGAUGGAAGCAUCUCCGACGUGCGACGUGGCAAGGCGGAUGAAGUGA